GGCGCUGGAGACUCCACUCCCGCGGUUAUUUCCCACAUACCCUUCGCUCCUAUCGUAUCGUCACCGCGUCUCCUUCUCGCGCGAAACUCCGCGUCAUGUGUUGUUCCGUAAACAAUCCUCGUGUGCGAGUGUUAAAUUAAGUGUUACCCCCAAGUGAAUGUCAAGUGAACUCGUGAAUAUCCCAGUGAAGCAAUCCCUCUCGUCUCAACCAAAAAUCCCAAGCGUCGUAGCACGAAAAAGGCCAAUUCACAAAGGGAUGCAGGGGUGCGUGCCAUGUUGAGGGCCUGCGACGCGUCCCUUUGUCCCCCAAAAGUCCCUACCCCACCAUCGUUACGGCUGUAAAGCCCCCGAUUUCGGUGAGAGCCCCUAGAAAAAUCCAAAAUGAGUGAUUCAAUUCAGGACAUCGAGAUGUCGGAUAUCUCGGACAUGGUGGAGACACCCCACAGUGGUCCUCACCCCCGUGCCUCACACACCUCGGACAGUAUGGACUCGGGGUAUCUCUCAGUGACCCCUCAGUCAUUUGGCACCCCGAGUACACGAAAUCGUCGCACCUCAGCCCUGACAAAACGUCAUUACUGGCUGCGUUCUGAGCAUUGGCAGCUUGAUCGUCGUCCCAAAUCGAAGCUCAACACCCUGAUAAAUGCCUCAGUGGAUCUCCUGGAGGUCCCGGACUCGUCAAUGCACCUGGACAGUGUCCUGGAGUACAGUACCAUCGAUAACAACCCCACACCCGAGUAUCUCCGUGAUCAGGGCGUCCCGGAGGCUCGUUACAACUUCCGAAAGGGCCUCCAAGAGUACAGGAGCCGAGUAAGAAAGGUCCAGAGGACAUCAGCAGUGACUCCAGCCAGUAUUCCCAUCCUCUCGCCCCCACCAUCACCAGCAAUUCCCUCGGCGUCGUUUGUCGCUUGCGAGCCCUCCGAUGAAAGUGACGAGAAAUUCGUCAGGACAGCUCAGAGCACACCCUACGAUACCAGGGUGACUCUUCCAUCGGUCGAGAUAACAUUUUCACCGAGAACCAGCAAGAGCCCGGUGGAGGGAUUGACAAGUGUCGAGAGAAAAGAGUUCAGCAAUCUGAGUCUUGGAAGUGCUGAUAUUAAACCGAAGAGACUGGACUUCAGUCAGAGAACCUACGGUGGGUACAGAACUAGAUCGAUUCCUGAUGUCACUGGUAAGGACACUGUUGAUAUUCUUCAUCUGCUCGGGGAGAAGAGCAAUCACUUGGAGAUUGUGUCGAAAAUACUUGGAUAUCUCAGGGCUGAGGAUCUUUGUGCUGUUAGCAUGGUGUCCAAAACGUGGAGGAACAUUUGUGAAAAGGAUAUCGUGGCUAAUAUGAGGAGGAUAACUCAUGUUUGUGUUAGACAAAGCACCAAGGAGAAUCUCAGGAAGUCCAGGAAGGCUAAGGAGAACAGCAUUCAGGAGAGUCCCAAGAGCAGGUUCACCAGGGGAUAUCUUGUCAAUGUGCAGAAUCUUUUGCAAACCCCUAAGAGGGGAACACCACGUAGUCCACCAGUUUCUCCCAGCAAAAUAAAAUGGAACUCGUAUGUCAAGGCAAGUCGGAGGCUCGCCCCAUCGGAUCGUCUCUUCUCCUGUCCCAAAUGUAACUUCGCCUGUCCCGUCAACACCGAGAAGAACGUGGGAACAUGCACCCGCCAGGGCUGCAGUAUAGAAUUUUGUACACACUGUUUAUCAACUCCCCACACAGGUCUGUGUAAGACUCCCCUUCUGGCAACGCCAACCAAACGAAAAACACCACCGCUCAUCGUGGGCUCCAAACAGAGCAAGAGGAACCUCAGGCGUUUAUGAAAUACGAGGAUCAGCUUCAUUCUGUACAGCUACACGUGACAGCGAUCAUUCCACUCAAGACCCGGGGGAUGAAACUCAAUUCUAAAAUAUUUAUUCAAUACUUGAAAGGGCUUUCGUGGAUUUGCCAUUGUCUUGUGAUGUUUUUUUUGGAAUUUGGGACCGUUGGGCUGCUGGUUUGAAGGCCAAUGUCCCCAUUUUCAAUAGCAAAAAAAUGCUCUCUCGGUGCAUCAGCCGGCAUCUGGGGAACGUCUGGCCAGACGAGUUUUUUCGACAACUCUCCCUCCACCACUGCAUCAUUUCGGCAGCCUGCAAUUACUGGGAUCCCUUCGAAUAAAACGAGUUUCACCCUGGAGUUGUAGAACAUACCAAGCCCUCUUUGCCUUGCCAACUCGAACAUCUUCGCGAGGAUGAAAAUUCCUGGAGUAUCGCGAGCUUCAGAAUGCAUGAGGAACCUUUUCAGGAUAAUCUUGUGGGCGAAGAAAGUCAAUAUUUCAACCCAUUACUUCAUACAUUUUUCAAUCUUCUGCUGAGUGUCAUUAAUUGCAAGUGCAAAAACUAAUUAAUGAAUUCUCAAGUGGUUCAUUUGGAAUUCAUUUUCGUGGAUAUUUUACAAGCAAUUUUUGAUUUUUGGCACGUGAUGUCUGAAUGGAUUAAACAUUUUUUAAUUUGUUCUUAGCGGUUGAAGACCUUGUAAAGCCCUUGAAGGGAUUCCUCAGCUAAUUUUUGGAGAGGCAAUAGCUCCGAAAUUCAUUUUCCGAAAGAACGUUUUUUCAAGACAAUUUUUGGAUUAAUUAAAGAGGUGAGAGAAUUUUUGAGGGAUUAAGACUCUCAGGGAAUACUCGAGACCAAUUUGCCACAGAUACCUAGUCCCUGUGUCUAGUAUUAUUGGGCUGUCAGAAAGUUAAGAAAUGGUUAGGUUUAGUUAGAAAUAACUUGGUAACAAUCUUUUACGAUUGCCAUAGGAUGAUUGACCCCGGUGUGUACGAUUUUUAUAAGUUUUAAGGGAAAUUUAUGAGAGACGUCGCGAGUGUUAUUUAUUGGAAGUUUUCUUGGAGAAAAAUGAGUUCAGAAAUCGGCAGGAAAAGUAACAUUUUUAUAUCCGAAUUGAUCUCGUCAAAUUAUCAUCAAAUAGUAUUGGCAAAUAAAAUUGUAAAUCGAUCAUUUCUCGAUUUCCUCUUCAUCAUCAAAACUACUGAAAAAAAUAAAAAGAGUAUCUUAAUUGAUACGUAAUCAAUUCAGUAAUUCAUUGAAUGAAUAAACCAUGAAAUUCUCGCCUAUUGUUUUUUAAUAAAACAAUUUAAAAGGUUCUUGAUUGCUCCAACAGAAAUUGUGAUACAUCUUAGAUCAUGAAGAGUGAAAAACAAUCGGGAGACGUUCGAGAUAAUCCAUCCGGGCGUUAACUCAUCACCUUUCAUCACUUCCUGUUGAUAUCUUCGAUGAAUAAUCUUAGGAGAAAAAAUAUAAUUGAGUCACUCCAGCUCAUUCUUCUCCAAGAAAAAGAGAAUAAUUUUUUUAAAUAAUUCAGGGAUAGCCUCAGUACAUCAUAUGAAUAUUUGUAAUGCGAAUUCUGGAAGCCUUUUCGCUAAUUUCGUGCCAUUCCAUAUCAUGCCAUAUUCCCCAAGCCCUUCACUGUCUCCUUCAAUCGGGGAAAUAAUCGACAAACGGUGACAUUUGAUUUCAAAAUGGGAAAAGCAUUUUCACGUUUUCCUAUUUUUUUUUUCUCCACUUUAUUUUCCCAUUUUGUUUCACGCGCUCGUUAAGAAUUAUCUCGAUGGUUUAAUCUGUCGAUUGUACAACAGCGUUCGUAGUUGAAGGAAGAAUUUUUUGGGGCAAGGGCGGUUGGGGGGGGGGAGGGGGGCGUUCAGCCCAUGUUUGAGACAAAAAAGGGAAGAUAAGGAACUUAUUCGGAGUUUCGGGAUCUCGUACGCCUGCCUCUUCCCCUUUUUUUUGCUCUUUAUUAUUAUUAUUUUUUUAUACCCUGGGACCGCUGUUCGCCCUGGCUAUUCACUUGUGGCGGCGCCCCCUCCCUCUCGUGUACCUUUCGCACAAAACAAUGGGCUCCGAGGAGUAGAGAAUGGGGAGAAACGUCGAAGGGCUUGCCCUCGAACAAUGGCGUUUUCGUUCCUCCGAAUCUUUAUUCUGGAGCUUGAACUGUUUUUCUUUGUUGUUUAUUUGUUGGGGGGGGGGGGGAGGGGUCUGCCAGGGAACUCGUCGAUAAACAAAUAAUGGAGAUGAGUGAAUAAAUUGAUAUGGCAAAAUUAAAAGCUGGGGGGGGGGGAGAGUUUAAGGGAUUUCUUUCACGUUGUCAGUGAUUUAAACUUUUUUUAUUCUGAUUUUUAAAUGGAUUAUCGCAUUUUUAUUGCUCUCUAUUUUUUCAUUCUGAAGUCGGUAUAUUGUAAUGUAUUUUUGAUUUGUUCCUCGGGACACAGGAUAAAUAAAAUGAAAAAUUUCGAGUGGACGGAUGAAAAUAAAAAAUGUAAUUAGAUAAUUUCAACUGCGAAAGCGCAAAAGUUUUGUCACACUGUUGUUUAAUGUACAUCGCUCAACUACUUAAUCAAAUGAUUUUAUUUUUUUUACUAUAAAUGUGUCAUGAAACUAGAUGUAAGAAUCUCAAAACCAAAUCACUGUGGCUAGUAUUUUUGACUCUCUGUGUAAUCGAGAGUUUUAUAAGUUGUUGAGGUACUCAAUGUUCUGCAUAAUUAAUUUAUUGAGUGAUUUGUUUUGUUAUUCUGUCGGUGAGUGUGAAAAUCAAGUAUUUCCGGAACAUGGAGGUGCGUUAUUCGAAUAGAAAUUGAGAGUUUCAGUGAGGAAAUUGUGAAAUUUGUUAAUUUUUUUGGAGCGAUUUCAGUAAUGAAGAAGUAAACUGAAGUUUUUGAGAAAUAUCUUCGAAUCUGAGAGAUAUAGUGAAAUUUUUGGUGCUGAUUAGUGAAUUUAGUUGAAGAUAUUCAGUCUUUUCAUCGCUUUGUAACGAUUUUGAAAAGUUUUUCAUGCCAUCAUUUGAUUGACGAGGAAAAUAACUAAUUUCACUGAUUCGCCACUGAUUCUCCGGUCACUUGUACACGAGGAUUCCGUAAUUUCUUAAAUGUUUAUUCCAGUAAAUAAAAAACAGUUCGUAGUCCAGUUUAUAGGGUAUAAAAAUUUUGUCGUAUUUGUAAUGUUUCUGAUAAAUAUUCAAAAUUUAUAUAUUUUUUUGUAAAAACGAUUCAAGUGCCUCUGGAAGUGUAUUUUAAUAUUUAAAACUCUAUUAGAUAAUAAUGAAAAAACACGAGAAAAUUAUUACGAAGUGAGAUGUAUAUUUUUAAAUCCGUUGAAACGAAAGUUUGUAAAUUUUAAUUGUCGAGACAUUGAGUGGCUUCAACGGAAAGAAAACUUGCUAAUUCAAUUAGUAUUAAUUUGAUGUGGAAAUGAGGGAACAAAAUUGCUCAUACGAUAAUUUAAUGAGAUUGUUAUUGGGGAAUACUUUGCUCAAUAAAAAACAAUAAACAAAAUUAAUGAAUGCCAUGAAUUGAAGUUGAAGGUAACAGCUGAACAAUUGAUUAUAAAUUAAGAGUAACACUGGGCUCUCUGUACGUUGCCAAUUGAUUUGACUUUGAAAGUCAUCAGUUGAGGGUAAAAAAUUACUUUCAUGACUUGUCAUGAACUCUCCAAUGAAUCCAUAAAAUUUUUAAUUGAAGACAGGAUUAAAUUUUAAUUAUUCAAAUUAAGCAAUUCCAGGAAAUGAACAAUUCCAUUGUUACAUGAAGAAAUGAAAUACUCAGGUGUGAACAGUUGUUAAAACGAUAUCCACAAUCACUAAUUUAUGAUGAGAAGUUAGUAUUAGUUAGUUAAUUAAAUGAAAAGACACAAGGUGAUACCAAAUACAAGGCAUGCAAAUUGUUGAUGCAAUAAUUUAAGGAGAGAAUUAUCAUAUUCGUGUGUGUUUUUCAAUUAUUUAAGAUAUUUAAGGUUAAUUGUUCAUUGAGAGAAGGGAAAGGGAGAUUGUACGUGAACUUUGAUACACAUUUGUGGGAGAGGAGUAAUUAACGUUGUGAAAAUCUCAAGGAUGUGUUCCAAUUUCAAUCAAAAAUAGAACAUUUUUUAUAAAAA